AUGGUUUCCAUCACAACUGAAAACAUUACACAACUUUAUAACAUCACGGCCACCCAGAAGCUCACAGUCAGCCCCACAAAUUUCCACAAUAAUUCAGGAGAACAUCAGCUGAAUCUAUAUGAAUGUGUUAAUUCAGAUAUAUGGAAAUGGCUGCAGGAUUUUCAACCUGGAUUCCUCUGGUUUGUAUUUAUUCUGGGAGCAAUAGAAAAUUCCUUUGUCCUCAUCGUCCUGUGUUUCCACAAGAGCCGCUGCACAGUGCCCGAAAUUUACCUAGCAAACAUGGCACUUGCUGACCUCAUGUUAGUCUGUGCUUUACCUUUCUGGGCCAUUAAUAUUUCUAAUAUGUUUCAUUGGCCUUUUGGCCUGUUCCUCUGUAAAGCUGUUAACAUAGUGGGCAACAUGAACCUUUAUUCCAGCAUCUAUUUCCUCACACUAGUGAGCAUCGACCGCUAUCUGGCCUUGGUGAAAACCAUGUCCCUAGGACGGAUGCGACGAACCGUCUGUGCCAAAUGGAAUAGCUUUGUAGUCUGGACAUGUGCCUUGCUCAUAUGUUCACCUGCAAUGGUGUUCCGAAAUUUACGCUAUUAUAAAGAAUACAACAUCACAGCCUGUGCUCUUGUUUACCCAGCCAGCUACUGGGAGCCUAUAAACAACUGCUUGCUGAAUAUCGUAGGCUUUGUGAUCCCACUCUGUGUAAUUACCUAUUGCACUAUGCAAAUUGUCAAAGCCUUACGAAGCAGUGAGCUACAAAAGAUGAGAGUGGUCCAGACAGAGAAGAGAGCCACCGUGCUCGUCCUUGCUGUGCUCUUGCUGUUUGUUUUUUGUUGGCUUCCAUUCCAGAUCACCACAUUCAUUGACACAAUCCGUUACUUCAUGCCCACUUUCAAAUGCCUGGAAGAAAUCAAUGACAUAGUGACCCAAUUAGCUACAUACUGUGCCUUCAGCAACAGCUGUCUGAACCCAGUUCUGUAUGUAAUUGUUGGGAAGCACUUCCAGAAGAAGGCUGUGGAAUUCUACAAGGACUUGUUUCCAAAGAGGUGCAGAAAAUCACAGUCUGUGCAGAUGGAAAAUUCCCUGGACACUUUAAGAACUUCUAUUUCGAGUGAAUACCAAAGGAAAAAGUCUAUUCUCCCAUUACCACGAUACCCAUUUCCUAUUACCGAGGAACAACUUGUAAGAAGUGCAACUGUCAAAGAAAUGACUGAAACUCCUCCACUGAAUGUUGCCUCCUCAAACCAGAGUGAAAACAAGAGCAACUCAACUAUAUGCCCGGAUUUGAAUGACUGGUGGGAUAUUGUGUACUAUUUAGUACCUAAGUAUAUCGAUACCGUCUGCAUUAUCGGAAUACUUGGAAACAUAUUUGUUCUCUUCACUUAUUCACUGCACAAGGGCCCCCUGAAGAUAGCUGAAAUCUACCUUAUGAACCUAGCUGUGGCUGAUCUUGUCUUCCUCAUAUGCCUCCCAUUCUGGACAGAGAACAUCAGGAACAAAUUCAACUGGCCGUUUGGCAAUUUCCUUUGCCGCAGCACCAGCGCAUCCAUCCGCCUCAACGUCUACACCAGCAUCUACUUGCUAGUGGCAGUCAGCGUGGAUCGCUAUUUGACUUUUGUUCACACCUUGAACCACAGAGAGAUACGGAGCAAAACCAUGGCCAAAGGCAUCUGCUUCGUCACCUGGUUCUUUGGCAUCUUCCUCAGCGUCCCAAUAUUUACAUUUCGGACUGUGAAACACUUUCCCUUGUGGAAUAUUUCAGCGUGCACUUUAGAUUUCCCCACACCAUUGUGGAUAGCAGCUGAAAGGCUGGUAUUCAACACAGUGGGGUUCAUGUUGCCGUCUACAGCAAUCAUCUUCCUUAACUUCUCUACCAUUCGCUCCCUACAAAAAAAAGCAAGAGUACGAAGAGCACUCAGACCAGAAAGUCGCAAGGAUCACAACAGCGCAAAGGCUACCAUGCUGAUCUUCACAGUGGUACUGAUGUUUCUAUUGUGCUGGACUCCUUACCAAUUUUUUGUAUUUCUUGAUGUAUUAUACCAGGCAGAAGUGAUCAAAGGUUGCUUCUGGGGGGAACUGCUCAACUUUGGUGAGCAGUUUGGUUACACCCUGGCUACCACCAACAGUUGCAUUAACCCUGUGAUUUAUGUGUUUGUUGGGAAAUACUUCAGGCAAAAGGCUUUAGAAGUUUUUUCACAGUUUAUUCCCUGUGGGUUUCCUUUGAGAUGGGUAUCAUUCAAAGAAAAGUCUUCAUAUUUCAAUGGGCUUACAGUCAGGAGUAGUUUAACCUAA